UUCGUUAUAAAAAAAAAUCAAUUAUGCUGAUGUGUAAAUUUUCGGUGUUUUUUUCUCUUGUUUGUACGGCCUACACGCAUAAAAGGAGAAUUCAUAAUGGCACAGCAGCUGAAAAAGGAGCAUAUCCCUAUCAAGUUUGUUUGAGAAAUUCAGAUUCCAAAAUUCCAUUUUGUGGAGGUUCAAUUAUUAAUGAAUUUUACGUACUAACUGCUGGGCAUUGUGUAGAAGAUAUAGUUAUAGUUAACUUACCACCUCGCAUCGUCGAAGUAGUGGUUGGAGCUACUAAUUUUAAUGACUCGACGGCACGAUAUUACCCAGCUCAGAAAUUCAUACUUCACGAAAAUUAUGAACAUUUUUUUUCUCCUCACAUUUACGCUGUAAACGACAUCGCUCUGAUUCAAAUUGAUGGACCGAUUGAAUUCACCCCCUUUAUUUCACCUAUUAAAUUACCCAGUCCUGGUUAUCGAGUUGAAGGAAAGACACAAGUGAUUAUUACAGGCUGGGGAAGAUUUUCAGACCAUGACAUGAAUAUUCCAGCUACAUUACAAGCUGUUAAUUUAACUGUAGUAGAUUUAAAAACCUGUAAGGCAAAAUGGUCGGACAGAGCUAUCAAUAUCGAUGAUCGUAUGAUUUGUGUAGCUGGCUCCGUUCAAGAGUACGGGCAAACUCAACACGAUGCAGGGUGUUGCCUCGGUGAUUCUGGUGGUCCCGCUGUAGAAGGUCACGUAUUAAUUGGGGUUAUAAGUUCAGCCAAUUCUUGCAUCGAUUCUUACCGCUAUCCACAUAUACUAAUGAAUGUUUCCCACUAUCUCCCGUGGAUACAAGGAAGGUUAACAAAAAAAAAAUCAGUUUGGCAGCAAACCAGAAAUUUCUUCAAAGACCUACUUUUCCACGACUGA